AUGGUGUCUUUAGAGAGACGCGGCAGCACGGACCUUCCCAGGCGCAGGGAUUUAAAUGCAGCGGGAUUGAGUGAUGGCGUGGAUUUGGAUAUUAACUUUGGCUAUCACUUUUCACAGAGGCUAGCCCGCGAAAGACGUGCCUCUGAGAAAUUCAUCCAGGUGCGGCAAACAGUCGUGGGCGGGGCCAGGUUCUCCCAGGAGCCUGCAGACCAGUCAGUGGUGCUGGGGGAGAGAGUGGUUCUGUCCUGUGUUGUCUUUAACUACACUGGCAUCGUACAGUGGACAAAGGAUGGGCUGGCCCUGGGAAUCGGGGAGGACCUGAGAGCCUGGCCGCGGUACCGUGUGUUGCGUGUGGUGGAUGUGGGCCAGUAUAAUCUGGAGGUGUCGUCUGCUGAACUGUCUGAUGACUCGCUGUAUGAAUGCCAGGCAACAGAGGCAGCCCUGCGAUCCAGGAGAGCCAAACUCACAGUGCUCAUACCUCCUGAUGAUCCAGUCAUAGAGGGUGCUCCAGAGAUCCUGCUGACGGCAGGUGUGCCCUAUAAUCUGAGCUGUGUGUCACGUGGAGCCAAACCAGCCGCGACCAUUCAGUGGAGCAAAGAUGGAGUUAUUGUGGAAGGAGCUUACAGUACCACUGAGGUGUUGGCAGACCGAAAAAGAGUGACGACUCGUAGUUAUCUGCCCGUCCAGCCUGUGGACACAGACACAGGGAGUAAUUUCACCUGUGCCACCUCUAACCCUGCCAUCCCUCUGGGCAAACAGACCUCAGUUAGACUCAAUGUCCACCAUCCCCCUACAGUGACGCUGUCUGUGGAACCUCGCUCUGUUCUGGAGGGAGAGAGAGUCACUUUCACCUGUCAGGCCACUGCCAACCCUCCCAUCAUGGGCUACAGAUGGGCUAAAGGUGGUGUGCUGUUGGAGGGAGCACGGGAGAGUGUGUUAGUGACGACAGCUGAUCACUCUUUCUUCACUGAACCCGUCUCCUGCCAAGUGUUCAACGCUGUGGGCAACACCAACGUCAGCAUACUGGUGGACGUCCACUUUGGGCCAAUCCUGUUGGUAGAGCCCAGGCCUACCACAGUGAAUGUGGAUUCUGAUGCUACUCUGAACUGUAAGUGGGCGGGAAACCCUCCACUCACGCUGACCUGGACAAAAAAAGGCUCCAGCAUGGUCCUCAGUAAUAAUAAUCAGUUAUAUUUAAAGUCGGUCAGCCAGGCUGAUGCUGGUAUAUAUGUGUGUAAAGCCAUUGUCCCGAGGAUUGGCGUUGGAGAGACAGAAGUCUCGCUAACGGUCAAUGGUCCACCGGUCAUCUCCAGCGAGUCGGUCCAGUACGCCGUCAGAGGGGAGAAGGCGGAGAUCAAGUGUUACAUCGCCAGCACACCACUGCCCGACAAAAUCGUAUGGGCAUGGAAGGAGAAUGUAUGGGAGAAAGAGAGGGGCACUCUGUCUGAGAGGUAUACAGUAGAGAAGAGUAAACCUGAGUCACCAGGGGGCGCUGUUCUCUCCACACUCACCAUCAAUAACGUCAUGGAGUCCGAUUUUCAGUCCACUUACAACUGCACUGCCUGGAACUCAUUUGGACCUGGGACUAUGAUAAUCACUCUGGAGGAGGCAGACACGUUUCCUGUGGGGAUCAUAGCUGCUGGGACUGUGGGAUCCUCCAUUCUGCUCCUGAUCUUUCUCUCAGUCCUGGCCUUCUUCCUCUACCUGCAACGCAAAGGAAGUCGUCGUGGAGUGACUCUGAAACCUGACAUUAAGGUGGAGACGGUCAAUAAGGAGACCCAUAGCCUGGAGGAGGAGUCCAGCAGCGCUUCCACGGCAACGCGCAUGGUGAAGGCCAUGUAUUCUCCCUUCAAAGAUGACAUGGACCUUAAACCAGACAUGCGUACAGACACAGCAGACACAAGAGAGGAGUACGAACUGAAGGACCCAACUAACGGCUACUACAACGUCCGGGCCACGACUCACGAUGAGGUUCGGAACUCCACUCGCUCCAUGCUCUACCAAGAAUUCCGCCCGCCCAAUCCUGCGUCUGUUUCCACGGCAACGGGACCCCCGACCACUGCCGCGCCCGCCCAGCCGGGCCGUUACGAACCUCGACCGCAGUCCCGCCUCUCACAUGCCAGCUAUGCCCACUUUAACACUGUUGCUAGGGCAACACAAAGCCAAGCCCCGCCUAACCCUGUUGCCCAGACAACAGACUACUCUGGAGACUGUGGUCUUCUGGAAUCAGCAAAUCCGCUCACUUAUGAAAGCUACGGCUAUCCAGCCGCAGCCCAGUACCCUCAGUACAGAAUGGGCUUUGCUCCGCCCCUGGAAGGGGGCCAAGCCUAUGAGAUGUAUGCCACAGGACAAGGGGCGGGGUCAGAGUCCGGGCUGGGGAAGUAUGGAUCGUCUGGGCGUUUUUCUUACACAACUCCACCAUCAGAAUAUUCACACAGACAUACACAGAGAAUGCAGACCCAUGUGUGA